AUGGCUGAAGAAGAGCAUUUUGAUGCAUCUGCAUCAGCAUCCGAACCAGUUGGAUAUCCAGGAGGACCAUAUGAUACGUCUCUGUUAGUUAAGUACGAACAACAUGUUGCAUACCGUAUAUGGUUCGGUCAGGAGAGAGGGUCGAAGAAAGAGUUAAAGGUGGCUGGACAUGGGUUGAAGUUGGCUCAGAGGGUUCCACUACAGCUACCUAGAGAGAUGGAGAGAUGGAUAUCUAGGUCUGGUUUAGCUUCACUACAGAGAACCAGUUUAUCAAAGAUAGACACAAACCUAGUUUCCGCUUUUACAGAGAGGUGGCAUCUAGAGACAUCAUCAUUUCACAUGUCGUUUGGUGAGAUGACGAUUACUCUAGAUGACGUAUCUUGCCUGCUUCACUUGCCCAUCAGGGGAGUUUUCUGGAGCCCUGAAGAUAUCACUGAAGCCCUUGCUGUUGAGUGGGUUGUUGAUUAUUUAGGAGUGUCACAGAGAGUAGCACAACAACAAGUCUGUGAAUGCAGGGGUUCCUACUACAAGCUGGAGUGGUUAUAUGAUCUGUUCGUUGAGCAUAGAGCUGUAUCUAGAUGGCAUUAUGCCACUAGAGCUUAUUUGCUGAUGUUGGUGGGUUCCACUAUUUUCGCGGACAAGACGUUUACGCUUGUCGAGACACGAUACCUCUCACUGUUUAUAGACUUCGAUGGCUUAUCUGGAUACAGUUGGGGAGCAGCUGCGUUGGCUACUCUUUACAGAUAUCUCGGAGAUGCUUCCAUGUUCAGUUGUAAGCAGCUUGGUGGUUAUCCGACUCUCUUACAGUGCUGGAUUCAUGAGUAUUUUCCAACACUUGGAAAAAAAGGAGAGAACUGGAUACCAGCUCAUAAUGUGGGUCUCCCUCGAGCGAUGAGAUGGUCAUAUAGCAUAUUGAUCGACUUUGGAAACACAAUUUCAAUGGCUUUCAUCAAAGCAAGAUCUCUAUCUGUCAAAAUCACUUGA